GAACCGAACCGAUUCUCCCCAUGUUUUCUUUCCUCUGUCCAAGUUGAGAAAACAGAAUCAUUCAUCAUCUCCCAAGUUGACAAUGACAGCCACAAACAUCAAAAGGGCAAUAAUCAAAUAAAGAUAAAAGUAGAAAAGAAGGCUGUCGGCCAACCUCAGGCAGAUUGA